CAGUUCAUCAGUCCUGUGAUAGGCUUGAGACAUCAACCACCGGGCGGUUUAAUACACCAGUCUAGAUUCCUACGGCUAAUUUAACGGUUCAGAAUCACCUUCUAUCACGGCCCAUUUUAAUACUCGGUCUAGUCCCAACAUCACCUUCUGUUCUGGUCGGUUUCAGCUCCAGCGCUCAACUCCGCCUUGAGUCUUGACGUACAGAGGUGUCACGAACCACAUGUAGCUUCGUUCGUCCUUCCCUGGACCGUUUCCCAUAUACAUGCAAAGUUCUUGAUUUGACAAGCUUGACAGCAUCGUUUAGCUUUCAGCCCUACUUAAAGGCAGGUCGCCAGGUCGUUUCUCUCCCACCCUCCAGGACACGGAGGGCAAGCGUCGUAGCCUACUACAUACCUCUGGGUUCCAGGUUCCAAUUGCUACUUCAGCUUCUCCAUUCUUUCACGAUGUCGGACAGUCUAGACCCUUUGACUGCACCGGCUUACUCGGUUAAGGAAGGAAACGGCUGGCUUGUUGUGUUCAAUCCUGAUGCUCCACGCCAAAUGGAUGUCCAACUUCACCAACGAUACGUGCACGAUGGAGUCGUUUGCUGCAUCAAAUUCUCUUCAGAUGGCAGGUGGCUUGCUGUGGGGACAAACAAUGCGGUCAUCCUGUAUGAUUUGACUCAAGACCAGAAAGUUACUUUCUCUCUUACCAGCGAGGAAGGGACUGGAAAACCCAACCAUGCUCGCAGCGUCACAAUAAGUCCCGACUCCAAGUUCUUAGUUGCUGGGUCCGAGGACAACAUUAUUCGAAUCUGGGACAUAGAAAGCUAUGCCUUCAUUCGAUCUCUCGUCGGACAUCGGGGCGAGGUGUACGCGCUAACUUUUACUGCGGACUCCUGUUAUCUGCUGUCAGCGUCAGGAGAUCGCACAGUACGAGUUUGGGACACCACACAGUUCCAAUCCAAUGCCGCAGCCGAGGUCCCGCAUCGCACUCUCCACUCAGCUGAUCCACAGAAAUCAAAGCAGGUCUUCACCUCCCUUUCAGUUGAUUCGCUGUCAUCAUUCGUAGCGGCCGGAUCUCUUGAUGGCAUCAUUAGGGUGUGGGACAUCCGGCCAGAAUUGGGACGAGAGGAACCCGUUGGUGUGAUGAGCGGUCAUGCUGACGGGGUGUACGGUAUCCAAUUCCUGCCAAGUUAUCCCGAUAGCGACGUGGUGACGCUCGUCAGUGCGAGUCUGGAUCGGACACUGCGGCGUUGGGAAAUCAGAGUAGAUGAGAAACAAUUUCUCUGCAAGCAAACUUUGACUGGCCACAAGGAUUGCGUACUGGCAGUAUCUACUCUGCAAAUAGGGCGGGAGCAGCGUCUUGCCUCAGCGUCUCGUGAUGGAACAGUCCGCUUAUGGGAUCUGAAAACAGGAAUGCCCUACUUUAUGAUUCAGGGCCACACGAAUACUGUAACCUCUGUGGACCUUUGCACCGAUGGCAUGCUUCUGGCAUCCGGCAGUGGCGAUAGGGAAGUCAGAAUCUGUGAGUUACUUGUAAACCACGAAUGUCUUUGGGUGUCACAGCGCUCACUCUUCAAUCUAAUAGGGAAUUAUACCAUUCAGUAGCUU